UAGGGUUAGGGCUAAUGUGGUGUAGGGUUAGGGUUAGGGCUAACGUGGUGUAGGGUUAGGGCUAACGUGGUGUAGGGUUAGGGCUAACGUGGUGUAGGGUUAGGGCUAAUGUAUUGUGGUGUAGGGUUAGGGCUAAUGUGGUGUAGGGUUAGGGCUAAUGUGGUGUAGGGUUAGGGCUAAUGUAUUGUGGUGUGUUGUAGGUUCGUCAGUGUGAUCCCAGCUGUAAAGAGCUUCACCACCAGUGCAGGUGCGCCCCCCAAGAGGCCCCUGAACGGAUACAUGAGAUUUGUGAAACAGCAACAACCUCUCGUUGUCAGGCAGUAUCCAGGUGACUGGUGAUAUAAUGUACAGUAUUGUAUCUCUACAGUUUCACUGUACACUCCUUUAUCACUGAGUUAAUGUUGAUGUGAGUUUCAGAUGUGAAAGCUGUGGACGUGAUAAGGAAGAUUGCACAGCAGUGGAGAACUCUGACAGCAGACCAGAAACAGGUAGGUUGCGUCUAGAUUCAUUAGAGAUUCAGUAAGGCCACCUUGGACAGCAAGGCACCCAGACCCUAACACCUUGGACAGCAAGGCACCCAGACCCUAACACCUUGGACAGCAAGGCACCCAGACCCUAACACCUUGGACAGCAAGGCACCCAGACCCUAACACCUUGGACAGCAAGGCACCCAGACCCUAACACCUUGGACAGCAAGGCACCCAGACCCUAACACCUUGGACAGCAAGGCACCCAGACCCUAACACCUUGGACAGCAAGGCACCCAGACCCUAACACCUUGGACAGCAAGGCACCCAGACCCUAACACCUUGGACAGCAAGGCACCCAGACCCUAACACCUUGGACAGCAAGGCACCCAGACCCUAACACCUUGGACAGCAAGGCACCCAGACCCUAACACCUUGGACAGCAAGGCACCCAGACCCUAACACCUUGGACAGCAAGGCACCCAGACCCUAACACCUUGGACAGCAAGGCACCCAGACCCUAACACCUUGGACAGCAAGGCACCCAGACCCUAACACCUUGGACAGCAAGGCACCCAGACCCUAACACCUUGGACAGCAAGGCACCCAGACCCUAACACCUUGGACAGCAAGGCAACCAGACCCUAACACCUUGGACAGCAAGGCACCCAGACCCUAACACCUUGGACAGCAAGGCACCCAGACCCUAACACCUUGGACAGCAAGGCACCCAGACCCUAACACCUUGGACAGCAAGGCACCCAGACCCUAACACCUUGGACAGCAAGGCACCCAGACCCUAACACCUUGGACAGCAAGGCACCCAGACCCUAACACCUUGGACAGCAAGGCAACCAGACCCUAACACCUUGGACAGCAAGGCAACCAGACCCUAACACCUUGGACAGCAAGGCGCCCAGACCCUAACACCUUGGACAGCAAGGCACCCUAACACCUUGGACAGCAAGGCACCCAGACCCUAACACCUUGGACAGCAAGGCACCCAGAUAUCUUCUGUCUCCUUGGGUGACGGAGAAUACAUUUGACACUUCUGUAGUCCAUGUUUGCACCUUUCAUGGAGAAGUAAGACUACACAGACUGUCAUCAGUCUACUUCCUACCAACAUGGAUCUAGACUACAGACUGUCAUCAGUCUACUUCCUACCAACAUGGAUCUAGACUACACAGACUGUCAUCAGUCUACUUCCUACCAACAUGGAUCUAGACUACACAGACUGUCAUGAGUCUACUUCCUACCAACAUGGAUCUAGACUACACAGACUGUCAUCAGUCUACUUCCUACCAACAUGGAUCUAGACUACACCGACUGUCAUCAGUCUACUUCCUACCAACAUGGAUCUAGACUACACCGACUGUCAUCAGUCUACUUCCUACCAACAUGGAUCUAGACUACACAGACUGUCAUCAGUCUACUUCCUACCAACAUGGAUCUAGACUACACCGACUGUCAUCAGUCUACUUCCUACCAACAUGGAUCUAGACUACACAGACUGUCAUCAGUCUACUUCCUACCAACAUGGAUCUAGACUACAGACUGUCAUCAGUCUACUUCCUACCAACAUGGAUCUAGACUACACCGACUGUCAUCAGUCUACUUCCUACCAACAUGGAUCUAGACUACACAGACUGUCAUCAGUCUACUUCCUACCAACAUGGAUCUACAUGGCAGCGUAUUUAAAUAACAGAAAAUAGGCUAUAUGUCUGACUUAUAGCUUACCUGAAAAGACAUAUCAAUAUUGUUGUACUGUGGACAGACCUGUGUGGUCAAUUAGCUAAAUACAUGUUGACUUUCCCCCACAGCCUUUUCAACAGGCGUCAGUGGUUGCCAGGGAACAGUUUAAAGUGGACCUGCAGAGGUACCAGUCCCAACUCAGCCCGGCUCAGGCUGCUGCUCUGAAAGAGGAGAGGAGACGGAGGCUGGCCAAGAGGAAAGCCAUCAGAAGGAAGAGGGUGAGUGUAGUGAUGUGCUGUCCUAGUGACUGGAAUGGCUUACUACUAAGGCCUUGUGAUAGUAGUGGUGUGUUCUGAUGAUGUGCUGUGGGCCGUGACAGGCCCCUCCUAGUGAAUGGAAUGGCUUACUACUAAGGCCUUGUGAUAGUAGUGGUGUGUUCUGAUGAUGUGCUGUGGGCCGUGACAGGCCCCUCCUAGUGAAUGGAAUGGCUUACUACUAAGGCCUUGUGAUAGUAGUGGUGUGUUCUGAUGAUGUGCUGUGGGCCGUGACAGGCCCCUCCUAGUGAAUGGAAUGGCUUACUACUAAGGCCUUGUGAUAGUAGUGGUGUGUUCUGAUGAUGUGCUGUGGGCCGUGACAGGCCCCUCCUAGUGAAUGGAAUGGCUUACUACUAAGGCCUUGUGAUAGUAGUGGUGUGUUCUGAUGAUGUGCUGUGGGCCGUGACAGGCCCCUCCUAGUGAAUGGAAUGGCUUACUACUAAGGCCUUGUGAUAGUAGUGGUGUGUUCUGAUGAUGUGCUGUGGGCCGUGACAGGCCCCUCCUAGUGAAUGGAAUGGCUUACUACUAAGGCCUUGUGAUAGUAGUGGUGUGUUCUGAUGAUGUGCUGUGGGCCGUGACAGGCCCCUCCUAGUGAAUGGAAUGGCUUACUACUAAGGCCUUGUGAUAGUAGUGGUGUGUUCUGAUGAUGUGCUGUGGGCCGUGACAGGCCCCUCCUAGUGAAUGGAAUGGCUUACUACUAAGGCCUUGUGAUAGUAGUGGUGUGUUCUGAUGAUGUGCUGUGGGCCGUGACAGGCCCCUCCUAGUGAAUGGAAUGGCUUACUACUAAGGCCUUGUGAUAGUAGUGGUGUGUUCUGAUGAUGUGCUGUGGGCCGUGACGGGCCCCUCCUAGUGAAUGGAAUGGCUUACUACUAAGGCCUUGUGAUAGUAGUGGUGUGUUCUGAUGAUGUGCUGUGGGCCGUGACAGGCCCCUCCUAGUGAAUGGAAUGGCUUACUACUAAGGCCUUGUGAUAGUAGUGGUGUGUUCUGAUGAUGUGCUGUGGGCCGUGACAGGCCCCUCCUAGUGAAUGGAAUGGCUUACUACUAAGGCCUUGUGAUAGUAGUGGUGUGUUCUGAUGAUGUGCUGUGGGCCGUGACAGGCCCCUCCUAGUGAAUGGAAUGGCUUACUACUAAGGCCUUGUGAUAGUAGUGGUGUGUUCUGAUGAUGUGCUGUGGGCCGUGACAGGCCCCUCCUAGUGAAUGGAAUGGCUUACUACUAAGGCCUUGUGAUAGUAGUGGUGUGUUCUGAUGAUGUGCCACUGAAUGAUGGUCGUGACAGCCCUCCUAGUGAAUGGAAGGCUUACUUAAGGCCUGUAAGUAGGGUGUGUCUGAUGAUGUGCCCUGAACCACCUGACUUCUACUUCCACUUCACUUUUAGGAGUUGAACAGUCUGGGCAAACCCAAACGGCCCCGGUCGUCCUUUAACAUCUACAUGGCAGAACACUAUGAGGAGUCCAGAGGGAUUACCAUGCAGGUUAGUAUUGGGGACUGGUUACCAUGCAGGUUAGUAUUGGGGACUGGUUACCAUGCAGGUUAG